CAGGUUGUUGUUGUGCUACUGCAAAUGGCAUUCUUCAGAAGCGUUUCUGCACUUUCACGGCUUCGCUCUCGCGUGGGUCAGCAAUCUAAUCCCGCGAAUUCAGUUAGAUGGCUCCAAACUCCGAGCUCCAGUAACACUGUAUUUUCUUUUUUUCUAUCCUUAUUGUGUCGUUGGUGCUUGGUGAAAAGUUUACUCUGAACAGUGUUUUAUCUGAGGAGGGUGUUGCUAAUACUGUUAUUGUGGUGAAGUUUGGAAUUGGGUAUUCUAGUAUAGUACUUUGGGAAUAAAGGAUACCUCAGACUAAUUGUUGUUUAUUAUAGCGUGAAGUUGGUUAUAAGUUGACCUAAGUUUUAGUUUUCCUUUAUGUGGGUUAUUGCAGGAUCUUUAUUCUAAGUUGAAAGAAUGAUACCUCUGUCUGUCUGUUACCCUCACCCUUCACAAACAACACGACAACCUCUCAGAACUCCCUCUUACCUUCGUCAACCAUGAGGCGACACUUAUCAAAAUUCUUUCACUGCCCAAUUGGGUUUAACCUAUCAAAUUCCUUUCCGCAGUUUAAAUGUGAUGUGGGUUCGUACUGUGCUGCCAGUAGUACUCGUCAAGCUUUGUUCGGUGGACACUGGAAUGAAUGUGCCACAAGAGCUUUGGCUACUGCAUCUCUUGCUUCGGUGUCUGAAGAUCUGCCAAAGGAUAAUUCCGUCUCUGAUAUGUUGGUAGAUUCAUUUGGAAGGCUUCACACAUACUUGAGAAUAUCUUUAACAGAGAGGUGCAAUUUAAGGUGUCAGUAUUGUAUGCCGGCAGAAGGUGUGGAACUCACUCCUAGCCCUCAAAUUUUGACAAAUACUGAGAUUCUGCGAUUGGCAAAUCUGUUUGUAAGCUCAGGGGUAACUAAAAUACGUCUGACGGGUGGGGAACCAACUGUUAGAAAGGAUAUUGCAGACAUAUGUUUGGAAUUAUCAAACUUGAAGGGACUGAAAACAUUGUCCAUGACUACCAAUGGUAUUGCCCUGACGAGAAAACUUCCAAGGCUGAAAGAUUGUGGGCUUACUUCCCUCAACAUUAGUUUAGACACUUUGGUACCUGCAAAGUUUGAGUUUAUGACCAGACGAAAAGGGCAUGAAAAAGUAAUGAAUUCAAUUAAUGCUGCCAUAGACCUUGGAUUUAAUCCAGUUAAGGUCAAUUGUGUUGUAAUGCGUGGAUUCAACGAUGAUGAGAUCUGCGACUUUGUUGAGUUGACCCGUGAAAAGGCAAUUGAUAUUCGCUUCAUAGAGUUCAUGCCUUUUGAUGGGAAUGUUUGGAAUGUCAAGAAACUAGUACCCUACUCAGAAAUGUUGGAUACAGUGAUGAAACAGUUUCCAAGCUUAAAAAGAGUUCAGGACCACCCUACAGAUACAGCCAAAAAUUUCACAAUAGAUGGGCAUGAAGGUAGAGUUUCGUUUAUCACAUCAAUGACUGAGCAUUUCUGUGCUGGUUGCAAUAGAUUGCGACUACUUGCUGAUGGAAACUUUAAAGUCUGUUUAUUUGGUCCUUCGGAGGUUAGUUUAAGAGAUCCCUUGAGAUGUGGUGCAGAGGAUCAUGAACUUAGGGAGAUAAUAGGAGCAGCGGUGAAGAAGAAGAAAGCUUCACAUGCUGGCAUGUUUGACAUAGCAAAGACUGCAAAUAGGCCUAUGAUACAUAUUGGUGGAUAAGGUAUCAUACAGUGAUAAAGUUACUUACAUAGCAGGCAACCAGAGUAGUCCUGGUGAGAAGUACCCUGAAUUGAGUAUCUGAGAUCUUCAUUGAUAGUCAAUCUCACUACAAAGGGUGAUCAAUUUUUCAACUGUUCCUAGCCACAUAUACUGUUAACUGUUUUGCCUUUGGAUAAAACCCACUGUUAUUGUAUCGAGUAAUAAUGCAAAUUUGGGCUUGGAUUUCUGAUC